AUGGUGAUUGACAUUGCAAAUAGAUUCAAGUACUUAUUCUAUGCCAUGGGAUCAUCCAAAAAAGGUUGGCAUCAAAGUACACCAAUCAUUUUUGUCGAUAGAACAUUUUCAAAGUGUACAUAUGGCGAAAUUGUGUUAAUAGCGAGUGCACAAAAUGCAAAUAGAGGAGUUUUUCCACUGGCGUUUGCAGUGGUCAACUCUAAGAAUGAUGAUUCAUGGAAUUGGUUCCUAACAAAAGUGAAAGAAGCAUUUGGAGUACGAUAUGGACAGUGCGUCAUAUCUGAUAGACAUGAGAGUAUCAAAAAAGCAACCAAUGCAGUCUAUCCUAAUCCUAUGCAUGGUGUGAUCUCAUAUCAUCUACUACAAAACAUAAAAACUAGUUUCAAAAGAAGUGGUGAUGAAGUCAGAGAUACAGUCAAUGGUGCAUGCAGAGCUUACAACGUGGAUGAUUUUGAAAAAAUUAUGAAUGAUCUGGAUGGAAUAGAUGGUCACAUUCGAGCUUAUUUGCAUGAUGAAGUUGGUUAUAAAAAUUGGACAAGACUAUUCAGCAGCAACACACGAUAUUCAACAAUGACAUCCAAUAUUGCAGAGUCCAUAGAUGCAGAUAUUGAAGAAGUACAAGAGUUAACAGUUGCAACAUUACUAGAGUGCCUAUCAACAUGCACACACCUAGCUAAGAAGGCAGAAGACGUAUUGUGUUAUAAAAGGGAUAAGUCAGUAAAAAUGAAGUGUGAUUGA